AUGCAGCCUAUCAAUUUUCAAACUGAGGCAGCAGAAGCGAUUGAACGCCAAACCCGGGAAGAACUCGGCAUCCCAGACGAGACGUUUACUAACAGUUUAGGCGUGGCGGCUCCUGUCAAUAAAAGGCGUAGUUCGAUUAUCGAAUAUAAGCAUGAAUUACAGAAAAAAAUAAAUUUGGGCAAUGAUGACUGCUACAAAGUGGAAAGAGCUUUAGCUGAUGUUGAAGUCAACAAUGAUUACGCGUCUUUUGCCAGUGCGGUAAUUGAAAUCAAUCAGAAUAUAAGGCUAAUGGCACAAGAUCUAAACAGGAGGCUUGACAGGAUGGACGGCAGACUAGAUAGGAUGGACGGCAGACUAGAUAGGAUGGAAGGCAGACUAGAUAGGAUGGAAGUUGGACUGGAAAAGAUUACUCCUUUAAUGUUAUAUGUUCGGGUGUCGGAAAAUUUUCGGCGGCGAGACUCAGGAUUAACUCAAAUUCCGGUUCCUUUCAUAGUAGGCGAAGGCCCUCAAAACACAGAUCUACCUAUUAUUGAGUCUGUUAAAGAUAUUGAAAGCUUGAGUAAGCCACAAGUUAAGCGCUAUCUAACCGGUUAUGCAGUCGAUCAUGAUGCGAAUGCCGUCAGAAAGGAGUUAAAAGCUAUAUUGAGAGACACAUUGGGUUAUUCUACUGCUGCUGACCUACGUUUUAGUUUCACUUGA